AUGUUCUCCCGUGGCAGUCUCCGGGCGGCGCGAAGCCCUAUUCAUCGCUUCGAGCGCCGCAUAUUUCGCGGGACGCCCACCAUCUCUCGUAGCACAGCCUCAUUCUCACAACUGUCAAGAGAAUCAACAAGAUCAACAACUACAAAUACAAUUCCAACAACAGUAGCUUCAUUAUCAUCAUCAUCAUCAUCAUUGCUGGAGGCUUCAUUGGUGCGUGGCGACCCACAUUCCAUCGUUGCAGCUUUUUUACAAGCUGAACACCGUGCUGAGCACGGCACGCUACGGCGUGUUCUUUCGUGCAGUGCGUCAAGAGAUAUUCUUCUUUGUGCGUGCGCUGCCAUGGUGACUCCUGUGGCUUCGUGGCCAAUGUUUCUUACAAUGCGACUAAAGAUACCACGUGAGGGCAAAGAUGCAGCGUUAAUGUCCUCUUCAUGGAGGACGUUUUUCUUGGCUGUUGUCAAAAGUAUUUUGACUUCUCUUGAUCCCAGUACUGGUAUAACGAAGAGUAAAUCUGUUCCUAAUGAAUAUGGUUCUGCCUCAAUUGGACUUUUGUGUGCCACAUGUCUAGCACCAACCCUGAAGAUUGGUGAAAGAUUCGCCCGGGCAUCGUGCGAGGGAGGAAAUGAGACAUUAUCCACAUCAUCAAAAGCAGCUACUGCAGCCGCUAUGGCUUACGCAGCCUGCUGUUCAGUGGUUACAUCAGAUACGCAGGACGCGGACACCGCUUGGCUUCGACUGUGGACAACCAUGAAGUUUGUGCCGGAUAAUGUGCUGGACCUUGGGUAUAUUAGAUGUCAAGAACUGCAGAUUUGCUGCCUUCUCCGCUCUGAAAAGUACAAUGAAAUAGAAGAUUUACUUCUACAAAGUAUUGCUACAUAUGCUCUGGAGCGCAUGACAGACGUAACUCUUGCUAAACUUUUUCUAUUAGAUUCGCUAGGUUCGGUUGCACGUUGCCGUGUCCUUGCGGCCCUUCUUGAGGUUACAAAAGGGAAAUACAGGGUAAUGGAAAUGGGAGUGGCUCUUCGCCUUUCUCCCUUUGAGCGGGGACGCAACUUGCCCAGUGUUACCAGAAGUAGUAUUCUUUUUGCCAAAGUACUACGAUGCUUGGUAGCGCAGGCACAUGACGAACCAUCGAUAGCUAAUUCUCUUCGUGUGCUACGAGAUAUUGAAGGACUUUCUCGUCUCUCUAAUUCGUACGCGCUUGCAGAUUCACUGGUUCCACAUGACGCUACUCUCGAAUCCAUUAUGACGGCAUCAAUGAAUAAACAACGCGCUCGACUGGUGGCUACAUUAGUGGAGUCUGUUAGUGAAGUAACAGACUUGGCGUGUGCUGUUUUCCGUCGUGUUACUUCUACUUGUACUGUUGCUGCUUCCUCCACCAAUGAUGAUAAUGUAGAUAGGGAGUCUGUGGAAGCGGCGUUGCAGGGGUGUGUGGGUGUACUUACAGGACUUUUCACGCUUUGUGCAGGCCGACGCGGAGAGCUUCCAAAGCGGCGAGCGGAACCGGAGUGGAGACAACGUUUGCAGCGUGCUACAGCCGUUCGUUCUCACAAGUACGAAUUGCUCUGCGCCGAAUUGCCGCACGCACAGCUCAGUCGAUGUCUCGCCACACUGCUCGCCAACGGCCAUUUGCUUGUGGGUGGUGGACUUGGUUACCGCCUGGUUACAUCCGACUUUGUUGACUUGAACUUUUAUUCCCUAGGUCUCCUUGGCUUGCUCUACCAUGCAACACGAGUGGGACAGCAGCAGCAACAGCAAAUGGAUGCUUCGGCGGUAAUUCAGUCUUUGUACCAAAGACGCCGAGAGGUUUUUGGCGAGGAUGUUGCUGCGCCGGUACUGAAUAUAUGUGCUGCUGCGGGGGUCAAUACUACACUGAGGGUGUGCGAAACGGCUCUGGUGCAGUACGAGUCUGACGCACCGAGUAUCAGUCUUCUUCAUGCACGAUCCGCUGUAGCGUCUGGUGGAAGCGUUGUUGUUGAUGAUAGCUUUGGUGUGUGGUUGCGAAAAGCCACUUUGACACUCUCACAGUAA